AUGAGCUUGUUCUCAGCCCUGGACUCUGUGACCAUCGUGGGCUAUUUCCUCCGCCUGGGGCAGCUGCUCUCCACCUGCGUGCCCUUCUCGCUGGUGGCCGUCGAGGACGGCCUGCGGGAGGGCAUAGGUAACUGGUGCUUCUUCGUCUGGUGCUUCUGCUUCUCUGCAUCCCUCCUCAUCCUCCUAACUGAGUUAUGUGUAUUCCGGUCCCGCUUGCCCCACUAUUGGGAUGGUUUUCUCCAAGCCUACGCCUUUUACUUUACCUUCGCCUGCCUCUCAGCCUCCAUCAUCUUCGGCAUCACCUACAUCCAGUACUUGCCUCAGGGUCCUGCCCAAAACCACGCCAUCACCGCCACUGCCUUCUCAGCCAUGGCUUCUGUGUUUUAUGCCUUGGAAGUGGCCUGGGUGUGUGCCCAGCCUGGCAAUAUAUACUGCUUCGUGUCCACCUUUCAAGGCAUGAUCAGGAGGCUGGAGAACGUCGUGGCCUGUGUCAUCUUCGGCUUCAUCACUAACAUUGACUUGUACCGGCACCAGCCAGCCCUGAUUUGGUGUGUGGUCGUGUACUCCAUCUGUUUCAUCCUGGGGGCCGUGAAUUUCUUUAUCAAUGGUUGUGACUGCGAUAACGACAGAAGGCUGUCCAUUCCUUACCCUGGUUUCCUGGUGGGGCAGACAGUGCUCUCCAUCCUCCUCUACACCACCACGGUGGUCCUCUGGCCACUCUACCAGUUUGAUGAGAAUUUUGGGGGCCAGCCUCUAAGGUCCAACGAUAUGACUUGCAGCAGUGACCUUUCCCCCACACUGUGUGUCUGGGACCAACGACUGGCUGUGGCCAUCCUGACGGCCAUGAACUUGCUAGCUUAUGUGGCUGACAGCGCAUACAUGGCCUUGGUUUUUGUAGGGUAA